GCCGACCCCGACCAAAUCACGAUACCAGGUUCGUCCCUCGUGCCUAGCUGGUCCCGACCGCUAGCCAGAUCUCUCUCCCGACUUUGCUCCUCGUCGCGCACUCGGGAAGCCGUCGAGGAGGAAGCAGCCGACGGCGAGGGAAUGGAGCGGGAGGUGGCGGAGAGCUGCGUCGACGGCGUGGUCAUGGAGAUGGUGGCGGCCUACUGCGGCCGCUUCUACGCCGCCAAGCCGGACCUCGCCGCCCGCCGCAUCGAGGCCAUCGGCUUCCAGGUCGGCCACCAGCUCUCCGAGAGAUAUACCAUGGAGCGCCCUCGAUUUAAUGAUCAUCUUGAAGCAAUCAAAUUUAUCUGCAAAGACUUUUGGUCAGAGCUGUUCAAGAAGCAGAUUGACAAUCUGAAAACAAAUCAUAGGGGUACCUUUGUCCUUCAAGAUAACCAUUUCCGGUGGCUUACUCGUGUUUCUCUAGAUCCAUCUGCAGAGAGCACGGAUGCAACUGACAAUGACUCUGCACCAUUGGGUGAUACUGCAGCCCAAACAACAAGCAUGCUUUUGUAUUUCCCUUGCGGGUUGAUAAGAGGUGCCUUGACCAACUUAGGAAUUUCGUGUUCUGUCUCUGCAGACAUGUCAAACCUUCCAGCAUGUUCGUUUGUGGUGCGCAUAAGACCUGAACAUUGAGAAAUGAUACAAGUGCAAUAUUAAGUGCCUGCUUGUGGUUGAAGUCUUGAAGAAUCGUGUGGUUCAAGUCUUGAAGAAUCGUUGCAGCAAUGUAGUUCUUUUGAUUUACCAAAGUGGAGCAAUUUGACGGUCCUUUUGUAUAGAUCAUAAUUGGAUGUAACCAAACAUAUGCCCUGUUUGAAACUUGCGAAUGUUCGUGAAUCCAACAUGAAUUGAACUGUUUACUAUGAAGUUGUGAAAUUUCUACA